UUAUCUCACCCCCUCACAAAGCGCAACACGGACCUCAGAAGCACAUCUCAUCUCCUCUUGUCUCGUCUCACCGUUCAGUGAACUCCGAGCAAGCCAGCGGAAGCUCACGAGCGUCUAGCGAAGCGACAGGCAGAGCAAAUCAAUGGCGAUGGCACCGUCAGCAUCGGUCGUCUCCUUCUCCGCCCGCCCGUCCGCCGCGCUCCGGCCGCGCGCCGCCUCCGCCUCGGCGGGGGCCGGUGGGCGGGUCCGCGCCGGGGCGCCCAAGGGAGGCAAGUGGUGGGCACCGCUGGUCGGGUGGUCCGGGCGGGCGGACUACAUGGAGGCCGCGGUGCCCACGCCGGUGGUCGAGGAGGAGGGGAAGACGUUCAUGGGCCUGACGGAGGAGAAGGCGCGGCAGCUGCGGGCGAGGAUGUCGGAGAUGGACAGCUUCCACGACGCCAUGUACCACUCCGCCAUCGCAUCCCGCCUCGCCCGCUCAACCUAGGAGAACAACUGCUGCUCUGUGCGUUUGUACAUAGUCAUGUUUCUCGUCGUGCUGUUAUCAUGGAGGAGAUGCUAGAUGUGAAUACGGGUGGGAUCUGGUUUUAGGAUUGGUCCCUCCCCGAUCUUCUCUUUUACUCUUUUGUAAUUACACACCAUGUGCAAAUGUUUCCAUGUAGCCCAUCUGAAGAUCUAAAAAAGAAGUAUGUCGUCAUCACCA